AGUGCAUUGAUUAAGAAAAUAAAAAGUGGUGAUUACUCGCACAAAAUUUGCAAUAUUAUAUAUUGAAUAUUUUUAUAUAAAUAUGAGCAAUAUUGAGGGUGCUACUCACUGCUUAACUGUUUUUAGUCAAGUAACCGUAAAUUUCUAGCAACAUGGUCACCUUUGAGGAAAUCAUCGAGAAAGCACGCAACUUCUCCAAGAAACCCACACAGGAAGAGUUCUCGGAGUUCUACGGCUAUUAUAAGCAGGCUACAGUUGGAGAUUGCAACACCGAUGAGCCAGAGGACCCCGUUCGUAAAGCCUUGUGGAAUUCUUGGAAGGAGAAGGCCGGUUUGUCCGUCGAAGAUGCCAAAGCUCACUAUAUAGAAGUGUACAAGAAAUACGCACCCAAAUACCAAUAAAUUAAUAUUUUAUACUUGAA